GAGGGCUGAGAACUAGACACUGAUGCCAAAUGCUCGGCUGCAGCCAGCCCAGCCAGCCGGCUGCCUCUCCUCCUCUGGGACACAGGACCUGGGGGAUUCCCUUUUCCCCUUGCCCGAGAGGACCUCUCACCAUGCUCUGGCUGUGGCUCCUGGUCUUCUUCCUGGCUGCUGUAUCCACCGCUGGGCUCCAGGGCAUCCCGGGUGUCACCCUGCGCUCUGACGGGCACUUUACCACCCUAGAAGGAGAGCGAGCACGGACUAGGAGAGGAACGGAGGAUGAUGAAUCCAGGGGAGUGCAGCAGUACAUGCCCGAGCAGUGGGCUGAGUAUCCUCGGCCCAUCCAUCCCGCUGGGCUCCGACCCACCGACCCCCUGGUGCCCACAAGCCCCGAGCCAGACCAGGAGGGGGGCAUUCAAGGAAGCGGACAGGAGCCCUAUGGCAACCUGACGGGCACCCCUGGGCGGAGGCUGCAGAUUCAGAAUCCCCUACCGGUGACGGAGAGUUCCUACAGCGCCUAUGCUGUCAUGUUCCUGGCACUGGUGGUGUUUGCUGUGGGCAUUGUUGGCAACCUGUCGGUCAUGUGCAUUGUGUGGCACAGCUACUACCUGAAGAGUGCCUGGAAUUCCAUCCUGGCCAGCCUUGCUCUCUGGGACUUCCUGGUGCUCUUCUUCUGCCUGCCUGUGGUCAUCUUCAAUGAGAUCACCAAGCAGAGACUCCUGGGGGAUGUCUCUUGCCGGGCCGUGCCUUUCAUGGAGGUGUCCUCCCUGGGAGUCACCACCUUCAGCCUCUGUGCCUUGGGCAUUGAUCGCUUCCAUGCGGCCACCAGCCCUCUACCCAAGGCCCGGCCCAUCGAGCAAUGCCAGUCAAUUGUGGCUAAGCUGGCGGUCAUCUGGGUGGGGUCCAUGACACUGGCUGUGCCUGAGGUCCUGCUGUGGCAGCUGGCACAGGAGCCCUCCCUCCCAACGGGCUCCCUGGUGGACUCGUGCAUCAUGAAGCCCUCCCCCGGCCUGCCCGAGUCCCUCUACUCGCUGGUGCUGACCUACCAGAACGCCCGCAUGUGGUGGUACUUUGGCUGCUACUUCUGCCUGCCCAUCCUCUUCACCGUCACCUGCCAGCUGGUGACCAGGCGGAUCCGGAGCAGCCCCGGGAAGAAGCCCGAGUGCCGGGCGGGCAAGCACGGGCAGUGCGAGAAGCAGCUGAACAGCACCGUGGUGGGCCUGACCGUGGUGUACGGCCUCUGCACCCUGCCAGAAAACGUGUGCAACAUCGUGGUGGCGUACCUCUCCACGGAGCUGUCCCGGCAGACCCUGGACCUCCUCAGCCUCAUCAACCAGUUCUCCAUCUUCUUCAAAGGCUCAGUCACCCCCGUCCUCCUCCUGUGCCUCUGCAAACCCUUGGGCCAGGCCUUCCUGGACUGCUGCUGCUGCUGCUGCGAUGAGUGUGGGGCAGACGAAGGCGCCUCCGCCGACGGCUCGGACAGCAAGCUCAAGACAGAGAUGUCCUCCUCCAUCUACUUCCACAAGCCCAGGGAGUCUCCCCCGCUCCUGGCCCUGGGCACUCCGUGCUGAGUCCUGGACAGAGUCGGGGGGAGUGGGAGGUGGUCGCUCCAAACCAGUGCUGCGCUCGGUGUUUCUUCCCAUCUUGCCAUCUAAAGAUGGACUUGAUCCUGUAGAGGUUUGGGAAUGUCGAAAAUCCCUUCUCUUAACAGUGGCCCUCUGGCCAGUCUCCUCUUCUCCCCCCAUGCUGCUCCAGAGUGAAGAGCAUUCAGCUUGGGAGUCUUGGUUGGUGGGUAGACUUGUCCUUAUUCUCUUAGCCCCCCUUUAGCCUCCUAUCUCCAACCAACAGAAGCUGGAGUCCCGCCUGCUGACCGCAUCUCAGUGCUGCAGCCCAGCUUUCCCCAGGCCCGCCUUCAAGAUCCUCUCUGGCCCUCUGCUUUUAGCCCUACUUUCUCUGCCCAAACACAUACAUUCACAUACCCUGUAUCUCCUACAUUUAGAAAAAAGGGGGUUCUGUUUGGGGUAGCCCAACUCGGCAGGGGCUGGGUGAUCCCAGUUGUUCUGAGCACUACCCUGCCUGGACUAGAGAGCUCCAAGCCCUGGAAGCCCCCUCCCCUGAAGACUCUUCCUCUUUCUUCUCUUCCUAGGGUGGGCCAGGACAUAAUCUAUCCCCAGGCCCCCUGCCAAAUUCUGACCUGUAGAAGAACCUGCCUAAGAAACCAAUAAAUUAGCUAGAACUAC